UCUCUCCUCUUCAGAACUUUGGUUUUGUGAUUGACCCAAUUUGAGUUUCUUCACUCUUUCUGCAUCCAAAAGGCUGUCAAUUGAGUCUCAUUCUUGAUCAUUUUCCACAGAGCUUUCCGUUUCUUCAAUAAUACCGUAAUAAAAAAGGAAGAUGACAAACCAAAAAAAUUUGAUGGUUUCGGAUAUGGCCAUAACUAUGGCGGUUCCCAACUCCUCCCUCUUCACGACGGCGGCCCAAAAUCUGCUGGGAAGUUAUAUUACCAUUUCAAAGAAGCCACUUCAGAAUCUUGAUAUCAAUGGCGGUUCAAGAAUCAACACUUGGGUUGACUCAAUGAGAGCUUCUUCUCCCACUCAUAUCAAGUCCUCAGCUCUUUCUGAAGAUAAAAACUCUUGGAUUGUGCACCAUCCAUCAGCUCUAGACAUGUUUGAGGAAAUAAAAAAUGCAUCAGAAGGAAAGAAAAUCGUUAUGUUUUUAGAUUAUGAUGGGACACUGUCCCCCAUAGUGGACGAUCCUGAUAGAGCCUUCAUGUCUAAGGCGAUGAGAGAUACAGUAAGAAAACUUGCUGAAUAUUUUCCCACUGCUAUCGUUAGUGGGAGAUGCAGAGACAAGGUGUAUAAUUUCGUACGUUUGGCCGAGUUGUACUAUGCCGGAAGCCAUGGCAUGGACAUAAAAGGCCCAUCAAAAGGUUCUAAAUACAAGAAAGGUGCACAAUCUGUUCUUUGCCAACCAGCCAGUGAAUUUCUUCCAAUGGUUGAUGAAGUUUACAGAACACUUUUGGAUGUAACAAAAUCGACUCCAGGUGCUAAGGUAGAGAACAACAAAUUCUGCUGCUCAGUGCAUUUUCGCUGUGUGGAUGAAAAGAAAUGGAGUGAACUAGCACAGCAAGUUAGAACAGUACUCAAGGAGUAUCCAAAGCUUCGAUUAACCCAAGGAAGAAAGGUUUUAGAAAUUCGUCCAACUAUUAAAUGGGACAAAGGCAAAGCCCUUGAAUUUCUAUUAGAAUCACUAGGAUAUGCAAAUUGUACCGAUGUUUUCCCUGUUUACAUUGGAGAUGAUCGAACCGAUGAAGAUGCCUUUAAGGUUCUAAGAGAAAGAGGUCAAGGGUUCGGAAUUCUAGUUUCAAAGAUGCCAAAAGACACUAAUGCAUCUUAUUCUUUGCAGGAACCUUCUGAGGUGAUGGCAUUCUUACGUCGAUUAGCGGACUGGAAGAGAUUGUCCGUGAAACGACAGUUCAAAAAGAGAAAACUAGAAGAGAAAAAAUGUCACUACCAAACUGAGAUUGAUGUAUUUUAGAAUCAAGAUGCAUAAUUUAUAUUUUCCUGUUAGGUCCAUAAUUAAGAAAAUAUUAUGUAUUUUUAUGUUUAAAGUGAAAAUGAUGGGGGAGAAAAGAGGUAAGAAGAAAAUCUUUUCUCUUGGCAUCAAGGUCCUUGUACAACUUUUGGAAUUAAGCAUGUACAAGGAAAAAAUUGUAAUUUAACCGGGUUAUCUAAUGCAUAAAAGUUUUCAUAUC